AUGACUACUGGAGAAUUAGAUGCGACUGGAAAUGCGACCGUGAUGCAAGCAGAUACGCUUGAAUCCAUUGAGAAGAAACGAAAUCACCCAUUGUAUCUUCAUCCAUCUGAUACUCUUGCGACUGUACUGACCACAGUACAACUCACUGGUACAGAGAACUAUUCUCUUUGGAGCAGAUCUAUGCUCAUCAAUCUUCGUGCAAAAAGUAAAUUGGGUUUUGUGUUGGGAACAUGUAAAAGGAGUGAUUACAAGAUGGAAUUGGAGGAACAAUGGGAGAAGUGCAAUUGUUUUGUACUAGCAUGGAUCAUGAACACUGUUUCGAAAGAAUUGCUAAGUGGAAUUGUAUAUGCUGAUGAUGCAGCUGAGGUGUGGAGAGAUCUCAAGGAUCGAUUCAACAAGGUUGAUGGAUCUAGGAUCUACCAGUUGCAUAGAGAGAUCUGCACAAUACAUCAAGGUAACUUGACUGUUUCUGGAUAUUAUACGAAAAUGAGACUGCUAUGGGAUGAAUUUGAUGCUUCUAUGCCCCCACCAUCAUGUGACUGUGAUAAAUCGAGAAGCUACAUAGAUCAUUUGGCUUACCUGAGGUUAUUUGCAUUUUUGAUGGGACUGAGUGAAGUUUUUUGUCAAGCGAGAAGUCAGAUUCUAAUGAUGAGCCCAUUGCCUAAUGUUAAUAAGGCAUAUGCCAUGAUAAUGGCAGAUGAAAGCCAAAGGGCUACUGCAGGCACUCACUCUAGCAAGGACAUGCUGGAAUCAACAUCACUAUAUGCAGGGAAGGGACAACAUAUUCAGAGGAAUGUGAGAUUUCCUCAAACAAAAAAGAAGAAUUGGGAUCAAAUAUGUGAUUACUGUAAAUUGCAGGGGCAUGUUAAGCUUGAUUGUUUCAAGUUAAAUGGUUACCCUCCUGAUUGGAAAUUCAAAAAGAAGCCACCACUUGAAAGGCCUGGAUCUGGAUAUGAUCAAGGUAUGACAGGACAAAUGCAGGGAAUGCAAAACACUGAUAGGCAAUAUCAGGGAGCAACAAAUCAAGUACGAGUUGAUCCAGUACCAGAUGGUUUUGCUCCACUACAUAAACCUGCAGUUUCUCAGUCACAGGGAUCACAAGAGGCACCAUCUAUAGCAGCUCAACACACUUUUACUCCACGACAAUACCAAAGGCUCUUACAUAUGCUGGAUAAGGAAGAGGCAACAUCUUCAGGAGUCAAUAGUGCAACCAUGGCAGGUAUAACUGGUCCUAUCACUACAACAUUAUUUACUGGUGUAGAUAAGGAUAGUUGGAUAGUGGAUUCAGGGGUUACUUGUCACAUGACUUCUAAGCUAAAUAGAUUAAGUUCUAUUUCCAAUGACAUGAGUGGUAUGGAUAGGAGAGUGCACUUGCCUAAUGGAGAGACCAUUUCAGUCACACACACUGGAAAUUAUACAACACAAGCUGGUGAUACAUUAGAAAAUGUAUUGGUGGUUCCUGCUUUCAAAUUUGAUUUGCUCUCAGUAGAACAGUUGACCAGGCAAAUGAAUUGUUCAGUUAAUUUUUUCCCUAAGUUUGUUGUCUUUCAGGACCUCUCAAAUGGGAAGGUGAAGGGGAUUGGUAGGGAGCUAGAUGGGCUAUACUACUUUCCCAGUCAACUACCACAUGGAGGAGGCAAAAAUGAUGAGACAUUAUUGAUGACACAGAGUGAAGUGUUGAUGAAUAAAAUGUUGUGGCAUAACAGAAUGGGCCAUCCUUCAGCUAAGGUGCUAAGUCAAUUACCUCUGUCAUUUAGUGAUACAGAUGACAUUUGUAAAGAUUGUCCAGUUUGCCCACUUGCAAAGCAGACUAGAUUACCUUUUCCUUUGAGUUUGUCUAAAACUAGUAGUGUUUUUGAGUUGAUACAUUUGGAUGUUUGGGACCAUAUAAAGUUGUUACUCAUAAUGGAUAUAGAUUUUUCUUGA